CAAAAUUCCCAGGAGACUCAUAUGGAGAGCGUGGUGAACUUCCCGUGUAGCCAUUGCAAGAUAGCCCAUACAUGGAGCUUCAAACACAACACCGUCCUCUUCCCCAAAACCCAAACCGCAAAACCCUCCACCAAAACCAAAACCAAAUCCCUCCCCUCUACUCUUUCUCGUUGCCAUGCCCAGUUCUUCUCACCACCACUACCACCGCAUAACACCAGUUCCCCAAAGCACGCCACCCUCCAUUCCCAUGAAUACCACAAGCUCAAAGCCUUACUGGAGAUUCUCAUGGAGAAGGAGUGUUGCCCUUUGCAAGUGCUUAGAGGUGAUGGUGAUUGGACCAGAGACCAAUUCUGGGCUGUCAUCAGAUUCCUCAUACAUGCUUCCAGGCCCAAGGAAAUCUUGCAGUUAUUUGAUAUAUGGAGGAACAUUGAGAAAUCGCGGAUUAAUGAAUUCAACUACAGCAAGAUAAUAGGAUUGUUAGUUGAGGAGGACCUGAUUGAAGAGGCGGUGCUGUGCUUUCAGGAUAUGAAGACUCAUGGUCUUAGGCUGUCUGUGGAAGUAUAUAAUUCAAUUAUUCACGGUCUUUCGAGAAAUGGAAACUUUGAUGAUGCUGAACUCUUCCUUAACGAGAUGAAAGAAACGAAUUUGGCCCCAGACACUGAUACUUAUGAUGGGCUCAUUGAAGCUUAUGGAAAAUAUAGAAUGUAUGAUGAGAUGGGUAUGUGUCUGAAGAAAAUGAGAUUAAAUGGCUGUUCACCAGACCAGAUUACCUAUAAUUUGCUUAUUCGAGAGUUUGCACGUGGAGGGUUACUGAAAAGGAUGGAAAGAGUAUAUCAAUCCAUGGUUUCAAAAAGAAUGGAUUUGCAGGCUCCUACUUUGAUUGCAAUGCUGGAAGUUUAUGCAAAAUUUGGGAUCUUGGAGAAGAUGGAAGUGUUUUAUAGAAGAGUUUUGAACUCGAGAGCAAUUUUAAAGGAGGAUUUGAUUAAGAAAGUUGCAGAAGUUUAUAUUGAGAACUAUAUGUUUUCCAGAUUAGAGAUCUUGGGAGUUGAUCUUUCUCCGAGAUUUGGUCAGACUGAUCUCGUUUGGUGUGUGCGUCUCCUUUCUCAUGCUGGUAUUUUGAGUCGAAGAGGUAUGGAUUCCGUCAUUCUAGAGAUGGAAGAAAAAGGUGUCCCAUGGAAUGCAACGGUGGGAAACAUAAUAAUGCUAGCUUAUUUGAAGAUGAAAGAUUUCACCCGCCUGAGAAUCAUGUUCUCCCAAUCACUAACCCAUGGUGUGGAGCCCGAUAUGAUCACUGUUGGAAUUCUAUUUGAUGCAAUUAGGAUUGGCUAUGAUGGGUCUGCGAUUUUAGAUGCAUGGAGGAAGCAGGGUUUUCUUUACAAAGCAGUUGAAAUGAACACCGAUCCUCUUGUUAUUACUACAUUUGGGAAGGGGCAUUUCCUCAGGAACUGUGAAGCAGCAUACUCCUCUCUUGAACCUGAAGUUAGAGAAAAGAAAACAUGGACUUACCAAGAUCUCAUUGAUUCAGUGUUCAAAGACAAUCAGUGUAACCUCAGUAAGAGGGACUUAAUGAAGUCAAGAUAAGCUAUAUAGUGAUGCUCAUAAGUUUGGCACAAAGGAAGGCUCAAUUUGGGACUACUGGCUGCAAUUUUAUGCAGAUGAAGGAGGUCGCCGCUUAUCUAACCCAGAGACAUUCGCAGUAAUCUCUU